CUGGUUGGAUUAUAGUCAAUACCAAGUCCUAACUCCGUUCGGACUCCGGAGACUACAGAAGUCAUCGGGGACCGAAGGCUCUAAUGGCGAGCUCGAUUGUGCCAUAUCCCUCCUCGCCACCGUCAGCUUCUUCCGGCCCCGAUUCCGGAACCUCCCUUCCUAAGCCUGCCGCCCCAUCUCCGCCUCUCCAGGUAACUCUCUCCUUUACCUAUGCACACAGCAUGUAAUGUAGAUAGGUGUACUUUUUUUGCUAGUGUGGAUUUUGCUUCUCAUCUAUACCAGGUCGACGCUGUUGCAACCGGCAAUGGAGCUCUCAAUGCUGCUGAGCAAAAACCAGUAUCAGAUGACCAUUUUGCGAUUCUUGAUCACCCAGAAACUAUGGAGAAAUAUAAGAAAUAUGAAGCUGAGUAUACUGGUAGACUAAUGGCAAAGUACUUCUCUAAGAAGAAUAUUUAUGGAGGUGACAUUUAUGAUGAGAAAACAACAAUUAAUAACGAGACUAUAUUGUCAAGCAGGUGGCCUUUCACUCAAUCAUUUGCAAAUCCAAUGCAUGCUUUUGAGGAGCAAUGCAGCGGUGGUGGUUCAACUUCUGGAGAAGAAACCCUGGUUGAUAUCUCAGACAAUAAGCUCCCUCCAAAACAGAAUGAUUGAUAAUAGCAUAUUUCUUUCUUUCUUUCUAAUAUGAUGCUGUAUAUAAAUAAAAGUGGUUAUUGUGGAGAAACAGGUGAUAAGAAGUAAUUUACCUGACAUGUUCUCUUAUUUACUGUCCCGUGGCAAGAAGUAGCUUUAGUUUUAGUGCUUGUGUACCAACGAUGUCAACAAUGACAAUGAUAGAACAAAUUUUUGUGUCAAAGAAUACAUUUUGAAAUCUAAG